AUUUUCACUACUUGUCAGGAUUCUGGCUAAGGUUAAUUUUAGUCGAUCGUCGAUCGUCCGCUUAGCUGAUGAUCAAACUGCUACAUUACAUGGCAAAAAAGAGUCUACAAACUCCGCUGUAAAAAAAGAGGUUAACCUGUUUUUGUUUUGUUUUUUUCUUUUCUAAAUCAAAUAUCUCAAAAUUCUUGCUAUUUUUAACUGGCUCUUAUUACCUGUUUAGAAGAGUGUGUUGGACCACUUCCUUAAAAAAAAGGUUUCGAACGUAUGCUUUUUUGCACAAGAUACCACUGUUAUCUGGAUUGAUGGCGCGCAUUGGUCAUUUCAGUAUCGGGAUGCGCGAAGCUAAAAAAAUUUGCGUUCGAUUGUUUCUUUCCGUGAUUAUUUGCGUUGUGAUGAUUAUUUUCUCAACAUUCUUCAUUCAAAUGAGCACCACCCAUCUAAACACGUAUCCGUGGACAACAUCAACAGCCAACCGUUACAAUGACAGGCCUACUAGCUCGAAUACAAAUGAGAAAUCUAGCCAUUACUAUCCAGAUGCUUAUUGGGACAGCAGGACUCCAAGUCUCACGAAAGGCAAUAAUCAGGAUUCCGGGACGAAUUGCUGCUGCUCCGAUUCCUACUGGGACACCUUGGUGGACUCUGACGUGUUGACGGGGACCCAAAUCAUGGACUAUUUCAUGUGGACUAACCGGUCUUCCUGUCGCUUAGCCCACGAUUUCGGUGGUAAAGUAUUGGGAAAUCCUUCGGGAAAAGACGGGCAAAAAGCUGUUUGCAUCGAUCCUCAAGUGGCUCCCAAACCGGAAGAAUGUCUCGUCUAUUCUUUCGGCAUCAACAGCGAAUGGUCGUUUGACGAAGAAAUGGAACAGUACGGAUGUCAAGUGUUCGCUUUCGAUCCUUCCAUGGCGAUGGAACCACAUGACCACACCCCUGGCAUACACUUUUACAACUGGGGAUUGGGCGAACGUGACGAAAUCCUAGAGACUAGCGACAACGUCACAAAGUGGCAGAUGUAUUCGCUUUCAUCCAUCUACAAGACCUUGUCCGUCCGCCAUGGUCCCAAAAUCAUUGAUUAUUUGAAAAUGGACAUUGAAGGCUCCGAGUGGAAGGUCCUGCCGGAUGUAAUCAAGACGGGCAUGCUCUCCAAAAUCCGCCAACUCGGCCUCGAGAUCCACCUUCCCGACGAUUAUCCGCUGGAUGGCUUCCGCAAACUCAUCCGACAAGUCAGAGCUCUCGAGUCCAUGGGCAUGGUCCGUUUCGAUUCCAAAUACAAUCCGUGGUACAUAAGCAAUUUCACGCAUCUUCAACUAGUGAACCAACCGGCAGGAUACGAAAUUGCCUGGUACAACAGCCAACUCCUCUAAAUAGCCCGCUUUAUUGAAUCUUAAAUGUUAUUGCCAUUUUUUUAUCCAACGGUUAAUAUAAUACAGAUAUUGUGCGCGUGAUUUGUUCUUCCUGAGAUAAUCGUAUUAUAGGCUAGUUCUGUAGGUUCAAAGACAUUGGCAAUACACAUUGAGCCUGGUAAAAAUUUUAA